AUAAAUAACAAUCGAUGUUAGCAAAACCCCGACAGGUUGACCGAAUGAGUAUACAAAUAAGUAAUGUUGUAUUUUGCAUGUAGAAAGUACGAUACCACUUGAUGCAGUUGCUGUGGGCAUUAAUUUAAAGAUGGCAGAAUUCGCAGCACAUCUAACAUCAGCUGCUGCUGAUGACAAACCGUCAAUAUUCGAAGUUUUGGCACAAGAAAAUUUGAUGUCUGCACUCAGACCUGCUCUUAUUUAUUCUGCUAGGAUAUUAGCAGAAAAUAACCCAGGUCAAUUAGCUUGGCUCCACCAAUACUGUGAUGAGAUAUACUUGGGACUACAGCUUCUUGUUGAACAGUAUCAUCUUAAAAGAUAUAGUGCCUCAUUUGCUGAAAAUUUUUAUGGGUUGAAAAGAACAGUGCUCAGAGAAACAAAAGAAAAAUUUAGACUACCUGGCAAAGAAAAAUGGAAGUCACUUUUUUUCUUAGCAAUACUUCCAUACAUGAAAUUAAAGUUGGAUGCAUUAUAUGAGAGGUGGAAACAGGAAACAGUGGAUGGCAUUCACACAGCAAAUACAGCCUGGAACAAGUUGAUAAGGGUGUACCUUGCCGUCUAUCCAUUCCUGAAUAUGAGCUGGGAAGGUAUUUUGCUGUCUUACCAGAUGUUAUAUGUGUUUGGAAAAUCUACAACUCACUCACCAUUCCUAAAUAUGUGUGGGGUGAUUCUUCAAAACAUAACGCAGGAUGACUUGAAAGCAUGGGAAAAUAAACCAAAAGAAGUUCAACUUUUAAGCAUGAAAGAUAAAGCAAUAUACUCUAUAACCAAGCUUCUCCAAGGCUGUGCAAUUGUUCUUACACAAGGGAUUUCUGUAGGAGUAUUCUUCCUGCAGUUUGUGGAAUGGUGGUAUGCCAGCGAUCAAACACCAACUUCAUUGACAUCAUUGCCAAGACCAGCCCCACCAAAGACCCCAGAUUUUGAGUCAACUGCAGUAUUUCCAAGUAUUUGCCCAUUGUGCCAACAAACAAGAAGGAAUGAUACUGUCUUGGCAGUUUCUGGGUAUGUGUUCUGCUACCCUUGCGUUUUUCACCACCUAAAGACCCACCACUGCUGUCCAGUGACUGGUUACCCUGCAGAAACAGAACAUUUAAUCAGACUGUACCUAACAGAGGAAUGAUAGGGAAUUAAAAUAACAGAGCAACAUCAUGUCAUGAUAAAUCUUUUAAACUAGAUUCUUAUGUAUCAUGUCAUCCAGGUGUCUUUUAUUCUUUCAUCUAUCAUUGGUGCCAAAAUAGACAAAAAUAUUUUUACAUAAAAUAAAGACUUAGCCCAAAGAUUGAUCACGUAUGGUAGUGAUGUAAAGUACAAGUAAUGUCAGGAGAGUUCUGUUAUUCAACUUGGCAGAAAUAAUAAUGUAAAUUAUAAUGAUAAUAACAAUAACAAUAAAUAAUGAAGACAGUGCAUUCUU